GGAAUUUGGAACCCAUGGGGGAAUUCCGCGGUAUACGCGGUGCCAUUGGGCUGGAUAUAAUGAAGUUUUAAAAAUGUAUCUAAACAUAAACAAAGAUUUUUAAUUCUUUUUAAAACUAAAAAAUUUUUCAGAAUUAGUUUUAGUUUUUAAUAAAGACCAUGAAGGUAGUUUUAAUAGGAAACAUAAAUGUUGGAAAAUCUUCUUUUUUUGUUCGCUUUAAAGAAGAUAAAUUUGUAGAAAAACUAAAUUCAACAAUUGGAUUAGAUCAAUAUACUAAAAGUAUUACAUUAAGCGAUGGCAGAACAGUAAAGAUUAGUCUUUGGGACACUGCUGGACUAGAAGUUGCAGGAUAUAUGACAAGUAGCUAUUACCGAUUAAGUAAUGGUGUUGUUUUAAUGUAUGACGUUAAAGAAAGAGAAACUUUUAACUCAUUAAACCUGUGGAUAGAAGAUUCAAAAAAUUAUAUUCUCGAAAACACUCCUUAUUUUUUACUUGGCAACAAAAUUGAUGGUGUAGAUACUGAAGUAAACAAGGUAGAUGCUGUCAAUUUUGCAAAAAGCCAUAAUAUUCCUGAAGAGCAUGUUUUCGAAAUAUCUGUUAAAACAAACAAAGGUAUUAAAAAAUUUAUAGAUUCUAUGGCGACAUUACUUAGUUGUGUUGAAAAUCCUGUGCAACUUGAUACCAAUAAAAUCAACCUUGGUCAAGAUAAGAGUAAAUCUGGCUGUUGUUAAUUUGUUUUUGUUGAUAAAGUAAUUUUAUAAGAUUUUGACAAAAUCUUUAUACAUUUUUAUUAUAAUUAGUUGAGGCAUUAUAUUUUGUUUGUAUUAAUAUAAUUAAAAUAUUUUUUCAUAGAAGAGAUUCUAUUUUUA